UAAAGCAGAGAAUCAAACAGACCGAGCACCUCCAGGUGAGGGGAAAAAAACUUCCAUGGCGUCCGACGACCUCUUCGAAGGCCUGCCGCCGCCAGCGGCUCCCGCCGGCGAAGACCGUGCGGCCUCCCCCGCGCCGCCUCCUCCUCCGCCGGCUCCGACGGUGCCGAGGCGUUCCGCGCUGAAGAGCUCCCUCAAGCGGGACAAGCCCUCCCCCUCCUCGGCCGCCACCUCCUCCUGCUCACCCGCCACCGCCGCCGCCAGCGUCGCUCCCGCCGAUGUCGCCGCCGAAGGCCGCGUUCCUGAGAAGCGUCUUCGCUUCAGAACUACUGUUGAUGCAUCAGAAAUGCAAAUCAUUGAGGCUAUGCAGAAGAUAACUUCACAUAUAGGGAAUCCUUCAAAAUUCAGCAAGGCAUCAAAGCUUGCUCUACAGCUUAUUGAGGCUGGAAGUGUCAAGCCAGAGACAAUCGGUCACUUCUUUGCUGUACUAGAGGCUGCAAUGUCUUCACCGGGAGCCUGCAAUGAACCUUCUGUACGUGCAGAUUACCAGGCACUGUUUAAUGCUGCUGAGGGUGUAACAGAGUGUUUCAACCAAGAGCAGAAAAAUCAGUUUGAUGUAUGGAUGCUUCACGCAGUGGUGGCUAAUGAUCUCUGUACUGAUGACAGUUUUGUGUUUUCAAAGGCUGUAGGGAAGAUUAAAGAUGCCAUUUCAGCCCUGCCGGUAGCGACAGUGGACGAUGAUAACGAUGAAGCAGCAGCACUUGCAGCACUUGCUGAGAUCCAAUCUGGCACCACAGAGAAUAAGGCAGCCGAUAGCAACACACCUGCUGCAGCGUCCAACUCUGGAGAAGAAUCCUCAGAUCCUUUCGGUCUAGAUAAUCUCCUGGAGCACAAGCCAAAGAAAUCCGAGAAGUCUCAGGAUAAGGGGGCUGGAGCCCUGAGCAGAAAGGCAGACGAGGAGUCCAGGAGACUUUUGAGGUCACGGCGCGAAGCCCUCCUGAAAUGCCUCGAGACAGCCGCUCGGCGCUACAGGAUACCAUGGACGCAGACGAGCAUCGACAUCCUGGGGCGGCACGCGUACGAGAGCGUGGGGCGGUUCACGGCCCGGCAGCGGGAGGCGGUGGAGAAGCUGUGGAACUCGAUCAAGGAGCAGCAGAUCCGGCGCAAGCACGGCAAGUCGGCGAGCGGGAAGCUGGACGUGAACGCCUUCGAGCGGCUCCAGGAGAAGUACUCCCACGAGAAGAUCAGCAUCCGGCGCGCCGUCGGCGGCGCGGGCGACCGCCGCGCCACGCAGUGGCUCGGCUAAAGGCAAAGUCGGCACGCCCGGCCGCCCCCGCAUGUAAAACCGGUGCGCUGUCUGAUGACCGCGACGUUACACCGAUCAGGAUGGAUGACGAAAAACGACGUUAUAGUUUUCAUAGUCGCAUUCGUGUGUGUGUGUGUGUGUGCGCGCGCGCGCGCCCCGUUCUUGUGAUCUCAUCUUGGGUUGCAGCACUGUCCACAGAUUUCUUGGGCGCCCGUGCGUGCGUGCGACGCUGGUGUGCGCGUGUGAAUGCGGCUGGGGUUUGGGUUUUGGGUUGC